AUUCAAACGUCAAGUAUGUAGCAGCAUGUAGUUACCAAUAUUCAGUGCGUAUGUUUGCGUCUGAGGGCUACUUCUUGAAUUUGUUAUUUAUAUUUUAUUUAUUGCUUCAUUCAAUGCAGUGCAAUGAGUGGGGCUCGUACGUUAUGGAGACUUUUCGUAAAUGGUUGGCUUACGUUGGUCUGCACACUUUCGGUAUGAAGAUCCUGUAUCCGGGCUCCUGUUGCUUCAUGCCGAAGAUACUGGGGUUGAACAGCAGACGAAGUGAGCUGUUGGCAGAACACGGUUGCGAGCUAAGAAAGCUGACAACCAAAGAAGGCAACACCAUAGAAACAAUAUUUCUGGACGCAAGAGACCAAAGCAAAUUCGGUGACGUUUUGGUGAUAUGCUGCGAAGGUAGUGCCUCCUUUUUCGAAGAUGGGUGCCUCAUCAAAGUUCCAAUAUAUGCUGGCUACUCCAUGCUUGGGUGGAACCACCCUGGCUUUGGAAACAGCACUGGCAAGCCGAUGCCGUCUCAAGUACAAAACGCAAUUGAUGCAGUCCUCCAAUAUGCCAUCCGUAGUUUAGGGUUUAAGAGAAAAGACAUACUGUUCUACUCCUGGAGUAUCGGUGCUUAUCCGGCCAGUUGGGCUGCUGCCAAUUACAAUGAAUGCAGAGGAGUAGUUUUAGAUGGGGCUUUCGAUGAUAUUAUGGAACUGGCUAAACAUUCCAUGCCUAACUGGCUUCAUUCUAUCGUCGAAGCUGCGGUAAAUAAUUAUAUAAAUAUAAACAUAUCCGCCUUAUUAGUGAAUUAUCCUGGACCUAUUCUGAUUAUUAGGAGAACAAGGGAUGAAAUUAUGUGCCUAGAUGAGGAUGAUUUGGCGUCGAACAGAGCCAAUUUUUUGCUAAUUGACAUACUAAAGCAUCGUUAUCCAUACAUUAUUACUGAAAAAGUUAUAAAUGAACUAUCAAGAUACCUCAGCUUAACCGGAAUGUACCAAAAUAACAUAGUAAAUCGUUAUAAAAUAAAUGACUUUGAGUGCCAAUUAAAACUGCAGAACUACGUGACAGAACAUACUAAUGCUUAUCCUUUGAAAAUAGGAAAGGAUUAUUCAGAGAAACAAAAAAUCCAUAUGGCUCUCUUUUUGGCGGGCAAGUACAUGAUAGAUUUUGAUGCCAAUCACUGCACACCAUUGCCAUUUGAAAUGUUUCAGGAGCCAUGGACAUUGCGACUGCAUCCCUAAUGUAGGUCCUUCAAGGGGUAUACAUAUUGUAUACUUCGUAUAUUGCAUACCUUUGUAUAUUUUAUACUGUUAUGUUGUAUUUAACAUGUUUCUGUAUGCUCAAUAGUAAUGAGAAGGACAAACCUAAUUAUUAAAACUAAGGCUGUGUUAUCGUAUAAGAAUUUUAUAUUUUUAUUAUAUAAAAAUUAUUUAAUGUAAAUGGGUAUUUAAUAAAAUAUUAAUUUGAAAAAAUAGU